GGAGUGCUUGUGCGGGCCCCUUCCUUUCCUGGGAAGUGUGCCAGGAGGGGUGGGGGUGUUUGCCGGCCGCCGUCUUCAGGUGCUGACGUUGUCCCGAUCUGUCGUUCAUCCGCGGUGCGGUGUGCUCACCCCCUUCGUUUUGGGCUCCAGGCGUUGGCUUCCGACGUGUCGUCUCCACUGAGGGACACGUGGCAUGUUGGGAGGUAAGCCUGCAAGCCCCUCUUAUCAGGGGAAAGGAACGGCAAUCGAGAGAGAGAGAGAGUUAUCGCCGUAGCAGCUGAUGGCAACCGGCGAUCGAGGCAAUUGUGUCAGUCUGAGUAAAACGGGUGAUCGAUUGACACUUUGCUCGUCGAGGCAACCCUCUCUGUGAGAGGGAGAGCCUGGAAACCAGGGGUGAGGAAAGCGCUAGCGCUACUAACGAUUCCGGUCACACCUGUAAGGAUUGAUGUGCGCUUGACACGUGGCUGACGCCGCGAUUCCGAGGCUAAUACCGAGGAGGAAUUUUUGCGUAGAUUCCCGGCGGACUGAAGUUGGCUUCUGCCGUCGACUUCUGGCGCUAGUGUCUCGGUGGCAAUGGCGUCGACUUCUGGCGGGAAAACGAGUGUCUCGAAGGCGUUGGACGAAGCGUUGGGAACUCGCGGUGCAACUGUGGACUCGACAAUCAUCGAGUAUAUAGUUAAUGUGCUUAGCGAUGAGACUUUCGAAUUUGGAGAGAAAGGGGAAAAUGCAGUGGAGGCCCUCGGCGAGAUCCUUGUGGAGUCCGGCUGCGUCGUGAGUGAGAGAGAGGCUUAUCAGGUAUGUGAGUACCUGGCGGAGAAGUGUGGCCGCAGCACCAGUGAGCAGCAGAAAGUUAGAGAGCUGGUACGGCCGCUGAAGAUGGGAGCAGGAAUGCCAGAAGCUCGGGUUGCCCCUAAGGAUGAAGGCGAGAACCCUGGGUUGCCACUGUCUGCACGGGACGAGGCAAAAUUGGAGCGUCGCAGGAGGAGGGAGGAGAAACAGAGGCUGGCACAAUACCAUGCUCAUAUGGCAGCAGCACGGGAGGCAAUGGCCGGGAUGCCUGUGGUUAUGGUUGCGCACGGUGGGGAUCUAGGAAGCUCAGGUGCAAGGGAUAUUCAUAUGGACAAUUUCAGUAUUUCGGUUGCCGGAAAGGAACUGAUCUCGGAAGCCACUGUUACCCUUGCUUUUGGAAGGCGAUAUGGUCUCGUCGGAAGAAAUGGGACUGGGAAAACCACGUUCCUGAAACACAUGGCCAUGCAUGCUAUUCCAGGAAUCCCGAAAACCUGCCAGAUCCUCCAUGUGGAACAGGAGGUGACAGGGGAUGAUGCCACGGCCUUGGAGUGUGUCCUUUCCGCAGAUGUAGAGCGGACAAAUCUCCUGAAGGAAGAGAAGGAGCUCAUUGCAUUGCAGCAAAAGUCGGCUUUAUCUCAAUCGGCUCCGCCUGCAGAGUUGGCGGCAAAUAUGGCUAAUGGAAUUAAGCCAGUUAAUGAAACAGAGAAAGAUGGAGGAGCACAAACAAAUGGUGAGGAGCGUUUGUCCAGUGAUGCGAUAGAGGAGAGGUUGGCAGCCAUCUACAAGAGACUGGAGGUGAUAGACGCCUACUCAGCGGAAUCGAGGGCGGCUUCUAUUUUAUCGGGUCUAAGUUUUGCCCCAGAAAUGCAGCACAGGGCGACAAAAACAUUUUCUGGUGGAUGGAGAAUGCGGAUUGCAUUAGCACGAGCUUUGUUCAUUGAGCCCGACUUGCUGCUGUUGGAUGAACCCACGAAUCACUUGGAUUUGCAUGCUGUACUAUGGCUGGAGUCCUACCUAUUGAGGUGGAAGAAGACACUCGUCGUCGUCUCCCAUGCACGAGAUUUCCUCAACACAGUCGUGACAGACAUUUUACAUUUACAGAAUAUGAAGAUGAUGACCUACAAGGGUGACUAUGACACGUUCGAGAAGACAAGGCAAGAAAGAUUGAAAAAUCAGCAGAAGGCAUUUGAGUCAAGUGAGAGGGCCCGCAAUCACAUCCAGGCUCUAGAACGAAUGGGAGAGGUCGAGGCUGUUAUCAACGACCCUGACUAUGUGUUUCAAUUUCCUUCACCAGAUGAUAGACCAGGGCCGCCAAUCAUCAGUUUCAUCGAUGCAUCGUUUGGCUAUCCUGGAGGAGAACUUCUCUUCAAGAACUUGAACUUCGGUAUAGAUUUGGACAGCCGUCUCGCAGUGGUUGGCUCCAAUGGUAUAGGAAAGUCGACUAUGCUGAAAUUAAUUUCAGGGGAGUUGGAGCCAACAUCUGGAACAGUUUAUCGUUCUCCGAAGGUUAGAAUGGCUAUCUUCAACCAACAUCACGUGGAUGGAUUGGACCUUGCAUACACGCCUCUUCAGUACCUGUCCAAGUGCUUUCCGGGUGUGCCUGAGCAGAAACUUAGAGCGCAGCUUGGUUCUUUUGGACUUGGAGGGCCAUUGGCUCUACAGCCAAUGUACACUUUGUCAGGAGGGCAGAAGAGCAGGGUUUCCUUUGCAAAGAUCACCUACUUAAAGCCUCAUAUUUUGUUGCUGGAUGAGCCCAGCAACCAUUUGGAUUUGGAUGCCGUUGACGCAUUGAUGCAGGGUCUAGCGCUGUAUGGAGGCGGUGUGCUAAUGGUGAGCCACGACCAACAUCUUAUUACUGGCAGUGUCGACGAGCUCUGGGUCGUCUUCAAUGGAAACGUGACUCCUUUCCGCGGAACAUUCGAAGAUUACAAACGGACUCUGGUCCAUUUGUAAUGGAGUUCCAUUCUCGAUGGAAGGACCAUUCUCGAUGUUUACCUUGGAUCUAGAAGAGCAGUCCCUUAGGAAGAUGAUGUAAAGUUAGGUGCUCUACUGGAUUGCCUUUUUUGGUGAGUGCUUUUACCUUGUGGGUGAGUUCUUCUAAUGCGCUUCGGAUGCUAAACACAUUUUUUGGUGAGUGCUUUUACCUUUUGGGUGAGUUCUUCUCACGUGCGUCGGAUGCGAAAACAUUGUCCGGCUUGUCUUGUGAAGCAAAAUGUGAUCCACACUUCUUCUGCAGUGUUUUCGCCACCUGUCUUUCUGUUUUGCGGUCUUCUGUGGCCCUCCGUUGGUCGGAUGGGGGUUUGAAUUCCCAGCCACGGUUUGCAUGUCCUUACGCAGAGUUCCGUUUACCCUCCCUCCCUCCACGCCCUGCACAUGUCCAGUGAUCUCUUAGCUCUGCAGGUUCUAGACUAUUGGGGGCAUUUGAGUUGUGUGCCUCGUUUCAGCGGAGUGUUCAUUCUGCACUAACUUGUACUUGCUUCUGAGGUUUGAGAAUCUCUCUCUCUGUCUGUCUGUCUGUCUGUCUCUCUCUCUCUCUCUCUCUCUCUCUCUCUCUCUCUCUCUCUCUCUCUCUCUCUCUCUNUCUCUCUCUCUCUCUCUCUCUCUCUCUCUCUCUCUCUCUCUCUCUCUCUCUCUCUCUCUCUCUCUCUCUCUCUCUCUCUCUCUCCCCCCCCGUCCUCCGCCCGCAGCAGAGUCACAUGUGCAUGCAUUUGCAGAGCUGUACUGGUUUGGACGGAUGUGUUAACUACCUGCUAAGAAAUGGACACAGCCGGUAUAUCUAGCCAGGUGUUUUCUGGGGACACGAAGGGGCAGAGAAUGUGCUUCAGGGGACAUGAUGUGGUGGUUUUAUGGUGUUGAACAACGGCUUGACAUGAUGUGGCGCUUCAUGGGGCAUGAUUUCUUACUCUCUGUGAGACCGUGAAGUGGUUGCCUGGACUUCGUGUGUGUGUGUGCUUCUGCAUGCAAGGACCUUCCCGCAUGUAUGGACAUGCUGGUAGGUGAGAUGAAUGACCAUAUCCAACCAGCUACUUUGUGCGCACACUUGCACUGGCAAUAAGGAACUAGCAAAGACCCCUGCAUGGAGUUGCGGGCCAUACUUACAUUAGGACAAUUUUACCUAUAUCUGGGUGUAAUCGCGGCCAGAUGCAUCCAGGUCUGCUCAUAAAUGCAGUGAGAUACAGUUACGAAAGUGCUAAUUCGAGUACGCCCUCAGUCUGCUUGUGAAUGCAAGUGCAUGCGUGCAUUUGUCAAUUCGUGCAUGUACGAGGAGCAGUGACUACCCCAUGAACGUGGCCGGGGACGGUCCCGUGCAUGGUGACCGGCUGGUUACGCGGCCCUGUACCUGUUAAUGGCCGGCCACGAUGUC